GUCUCUGCGACGCGAGGUGACAUCAUCAGCAGGAGACGCUCGUUGCCCGGGAUCAUCGCGUCCCCGUUCUGUCGCUGUACUGCAGAGUGUGUGAGGAGGAUAUAUGUGUGUGUGGAAGUGUCACAGGUGUUUCUGCAGGUAACACUCACACACACUCUCAGAGAGAUGGCCGCUCCGUUAAAAGUGUGUAUCGUCGGCUCUGGAAACUGGGGCUCGGCCAUCGCCCGGAUCAUCGGGAGUAACGCCACGGCGCUGCAGUGUUUCGCCUCCACCGUGAAGAUGUGGGUAUACGAGGAGAACAUCAAUGGCAGGAAGCUGACCGACAUCAUCAACACGGAGCAUGAGAACGUCAAAUAUCUGCCAGGGUACAAGCUGCCCGAGAACGUGGUUGCAGUCCCUCGGCUGUGCGACGCCGCGGAGGGAGCAGACCUGUUGGUGUUUGUGGUUCCUCAUCAGUUCAUCAGGAAGCUGUGUGACGAGAUGUCGGGCUGUGUGUCCUCCAGAGCUCGAGGGAUCACGCUCAUCAAGGGUAUAGACGAGGGUCCUGAAGGUUUGAAGCUGAUCUCUGACAUCAUCAGGGAGAAGAUGGGGAUCGACGUCAGCGUCCUGAUGGGAGCGAACAUCGCCAACGAGGUGGCCGCUGAGAAGUUCUGUGAGACCACCAUCGGCAGCAGAGUGCUGGAGAACGGGCUGCUGUUCAAAGAGUUGCUGCAGACUCCGAAUUUCAGGAUCACCGUGGUGGACGACGCAGACACGGUGGAGCUGUGUGGAGCUCUGAAGAACAUCGUGGCGGUGGGAGCAGGUUUCUGUGACGGGUUGCAGAGCGGUGAUAACACUAAAGCGGCGGUGAUCCGUCUGGGUCUGAUGGAGAUGAUUGCCUUCGCCAAACUCUUCUCCAAGAACGGAUCUGUCUCCACGGCGACCUUCCUGGAGAGCUGUGGCGUGGCCGACCUCAUCACGACGUGCUAUGGCGGCAGAAACAGACGAGUGGCCGAGGCAUUCUCCAGGACAGGGAAGAGCAUCGAGCAGCUGGAGCAGGAGAUGCUGAACGGUCAGAAGCUGCAGGGUCCGGCCACCUCAGCCGAGGUCUACCACAUCCUGAGACAGAGAGGCCUGGUGGAGAAGUUCCCUCUGUUCACGGCCGUGUAUCAGAUCUGUUUUGAGGGACGGUCGGUCUCAGAGAUGAUCUCCUGCCUGCAGAGUCACCCGGAGCACAUGUGAGCUGAGGAGGAGGAGCUGAAGGGAUCCGUCUCUACCUUCAGAGUGAAUCACACUGAUCAGGGCUGUGUCAGGGUGUGUGUGUGGUCAGCUGUGUGUCGUUACCUGCUCUCAGAUCUUCACCUGAAGAGAUUUGUGUGUUCAUACCUGCCAGAGAGUAUCACCUAACCUGAGAGUUUAGACUCCAGUCUCUUUGAACUCCAGCUGCUCAGAUUGAAUCUGAUUUUAAAGAUAACCCUGACCUUUUACAUUUUUUAAAGGUUUGUGACCAAACGUGUUAAAUAUCCUUUCUACCUGACACACACACACACACACACACAUAGUCGUCCUGCAGCGACGUUCAUCAGUUUGUAAAAGGAGCCGGUGAAGACCUGUGCACACCUGUUCUCUCUGUUUCUGUCUGAUGCCAUUUCCUGUUCUGCAGCAGAGCAGCUCUCUAAAGGGUUAAUAAAGGUUUAGUUUAACUCCACCUCAGGUAACAGCCUCAGGUAAACAGAAGUCUCUUCCUGACACGUCUUUCAGUAAACUGCCUCAUGAACAGAUCAUACCUGUAAUCCUUCAGUUUGUUAAAUGUAUUACUGCCUUCUGAACCAGCGUACGUGUUCACACAGUGUUUCUGUAAACUGUUGCCAAGUCAAAGAAUCUUCAUAAAACUUCUCAGAGCAC